AACCAUGUGCUUCUUGUUUUUGUUUGCUUCUCAGUCUUGCUGCAGAACGAAAGACUCGGAUCGCUCCACCGAGCGAGCGUCUCAAUGGAUACCAACACUUCUAUUGGUAUCCAAGCCGUGCUGCUUAUCUUAGCAUUGGUGGUACUAGUCCUACGAUGCUGGGCGAAUGUUUUAAUGAAGCAUGGUCUAUUUAGCAUGCCUGACAUUUUUGCUUGGCUCGGUUGGGUUUUCAGCCUAGGAUGGUUCAUUUGUUCAACUCUUGCCCUUCGAAUUCUUAUCGAUAAUCCUGCAGUUGGCUCUGAACUUGUAGUUAACUCAGUAGAAUACUUAAAGAUAGUAUUAAUCGCAGAGUACUUCUUUGAUACUGGGAUUUAUUUCCCCAAGAUAUCUAUUAUCUUGUUUUAUUGGAAACUAAUCCCUGGGAUCUCAGGAUCGCUAAGACGUGUAUUGCUUGUAAUCACAGUUUAUCUUGGCUGUGCUCUACUUGUAUCAGUGCUUGUAAACACUCUUAUUUGUUUACCGUUUUCUGACAAUUGGUCUAUCGAAAACCAGCUCAAGUCAGCAUGGAACUCAUAUGCUUCGUUUUGUGUUCAGUGGGGUCUCAACUUCUCAACGGAUUUAUUAAUCUUUUUCUACCCCUUCUUUCUACUCAAACAUCUAAAACUCCACCGAAAACAAAAGAUCGCCCUUAUUGGCAUUUUCUCUAUAGGUGCUAUCACGUUGAUAGUCAGCCUAUCCCGAUUUAUCGCCUAUAAUGCCACUGAUUUUGAGCUUGAUGACCAGUCUGGCAAUACCUUGUCUCUCGCCGAGAUGAGUACCGCUGUUAUAGUCGUGUGCCUCCCUGGCCUUCGAAGGUUUAUCAUGCGAUCGAAAUCGUCUACAAAUCGCUCCUCGUCGAACCAACCCAGCGGUUAUGGCGUUCACACCAAGAUCACCGGAAGAGGCCAGAAUGCCGAGACCCCUGUAUCGCAGUACGCUAAAUGGGGCGUGAGAGAUGAUGAGAUCGAGCUGGUAACUCACAUUCGCGUUUCCCAUGAACGACUAAGUCCGGAUGAUACUCGCAGCGCGAGCGGAAAGAGUGCAACGAGCCAGACUUUCAAGAUAUAGUCUUUCGGAUAUGACAUUUAGGCGUUGGUGGAAAUGAAACGUGUAUGACAAGCGAGGGACGCAACAGUCCUUAUCAUAGCAUAAUUAGACUUUAUUUGAUGAUGCACAGCUCAGUACCGUUGCCGAGCCGAAGGAUAGGCAAGAUUCUGGCGCUACGCUUAUCUUUGCAGUUGGGGUUUUGACAUUGCUGUCAUGGGUCUUUUUAUUAUAAGCUCUUAACGGCAAUCUCUGCGAAUCAUAAUUUCGCUACAUUACAUACGCUCAAAUCAAGCAGCAAUACGC